CACAGCUCGAGGUUCAAACCUGAGCUGGAAGCCGUAAACUUAAAACCUGCGGUCUCCUCCACCUUCCGCUUCACUCUCGAAUUACAUCGGUGCGUCACGGACAUUUCGUUCGAGAUAACCUUCCCAGAAGCGAAGCUACCUAAGAUCUGACUUCGGCAGGUAGAAGAAGUGGGAUGGUAAACCCGGUGACAGUCACUUGGUCUAACAUGUAAAUGUGCUGAAAAGGCGUUUUUAUAAGUGGACCGUCAGUGACACGACAACAGAGCCGCCGCGCCACGCUGUCACUCUGAACCUGCAACUGCGUAAGUUAAUUGCAAGAUGAGUACAGAAGACCAAAUUGCACCACUGUCUCCCAAGACAUCACCCGCCACAGCAACCAUAACACCAUUUACACAACGAAAAGAGAGUAACUCCUCAUCGGAAGACAACAGACAGGACAGCUGGGAGUUGGUUGAGGACUUGCAAGGAUUGACAGGAAAUAUUCAGAAGCCUGAGAAGCAGGAAGGUUUGCUGUUGAAAAAGAGGAAGUGGCCAAUGAAAGGCUGGCAUAAGAGAUAUUUCCUGCUUGAAAGGGGCAUCCUUACAUAUGCCAAGACUGGGACUGAUCUGAAGAAGGGGAGGUUACGAGGUCGCAUUGAUGUUGGUCUCUCUGUCAUGGCCAUGAAGAAGAAGUCAAUGUGCAUCGACCUGGACACAGAGGAUAGUAUCUAUCAUCUCAAGGCAAAGACUCGGGAUCUGUUUGAGCAGUGGGUGACUCAACUACGUCAUCAUCGAACGUUCCGUCAGAACGAGAUCACCAUGGAGCCUCCCGAGCGACCGCUGCAAUCUGACCCCACCGCCAACAGACGACGUUCAUUUCUCUCCAAGCUGCCUUCAGCCCUGUUGAAGAACAGCUGGUGGCAAAACUCUCAAGACAUGGAUAAGUGCUGCAAAGAUCUGUCAGAGUGUGAGUCAGCUCUGCUGGAAUUAAAUUUGCUGCUGAAAAAUAUGGAAGUUCUUCACAGAACGUUCUCAGCACCUGCCAUUAACUUACUGCAGACUGAAAGCUCCAAAAAAGAGAAACGAGGGCACAAAAAAUGGAGAUCAAAGAAUUAUAGCAAGGAAAAUAAAAACACACAGCAGCCAAAUCCUGAUGCUUCAUCUUCCCAUCUGCACGUAUCUCACCCGAACUUGAUAUAUUCAGAGCCUGUUUCACCAGAUUCAUGCCUGGAUAGUCCAGACUCACCAACAGAAGCCUCUCGAAUGCAGGAGGAGUUCUGUCGGCUUGCUGCCACUGUUCAUUCCACUCUUCGGUCAGCGUACACUUCACUUUGCACAGAAAGAGACCGAGUCAGGAACACAUUGGAUUGUAUCAGUGAGAAGGAAGUCCUCGUUGGAUCACGCCCUCUCCGGCAGCAGGUGUCCAGUGAGAGUCGAGGGUCAAUCCCAGAAUCCCUGUCAGAGUUUUUUGACGCUAAAGAGUAUCUGCUGUCUGGGAGCUCGUCUGAGAAUGAGGCGUCCGAUGAUGAUUCGUAUGUCAGUGAUGUGAGUGACAGCACGUCAGUGGAGUUUUGCAGGAAUGAGAAUGGAGUCGCAAAGGAGAUUUCAAGUAACGGCAACAACUGUGCAGUGAAGCGGCGAGAGCGUUUGCCGAGUACUCGCAUGAACGAGAGCGUGAAUCUGUGGAGUAUUCUGCGUAGUAACAUCGGUAAAGACCUGUCGAAAGUUGCCAUGCCCGUCCAACUCAAUGAGCCCUUGAACACCCUGCAGAGACUGUGUGAGGAAGUUGAGUACUGCCACCUGCUGGACACUGCUGCAAACACACACGACCCACACAUGCGCAUGGUGUAUAUAGCAGCAUUUGCUGUAUCUGCAUAUGCGUGUUCAUUCACUAGAGCAGGAGGAAAACCGUUUAAUCCUAUAUUAGGAGAGACAUACGAGUGUCUCCGGCCAGAUAAGGGCUUUCACUUCAUUGCUGAACAGGUCAGUCACCAUCCACCUGUGUCUGCUUGUCACUGCGAGUCCAAAAACUACACAUUUUGGCAAGAUGUCCGGUGGAAGAAUAAGUUUUGGGGAAAAUCCAUGGAGAUCGUUCCCAUGGGAGUCACUCGCUUAGAGCUGCCAGGUUUUGCGGAUCGUUAUGAGUGGAGUAAAGUCACUUCAUGCAUUCAUAACAUUCUGAGCGGUCAGCGCUGGAUCGAACACUAUGGGGAAAUAUCAAUCAAACACUCUACCACGAUGGGAGACGUCAGUCUUUGCAAAGUCACUUUCCUUAAGUCAAGAUCUGGAGGUCUGAAUGCUAAUGAGGUAGAGGGUAUGGUCACUGAUUCAAAUGGGCGUGUCAUUCACUCUCUGUUUGGCAAAUGGAACGAGGCCUUAUAUCUGGGCAAACCGCCUUCAGCAACCUGCAUCUGGAGAGCAAAUCCCAUGCCUGAGGACCAUGAGCAGUACUAUGGAUUCACCCAGUUUGCAAUUGAGUUAAAUGAAUUGGAGGAGGGUUUAAAGCCACUCUUGCCCCUGACGGACACCCGUUUUAGGCCAGACCAAAGAUUACUUGAAGAGGGUGAUAUUGCUGGAGCAGAAGAACAGAAAGAAAGAACUGAAGUACUCCAAAGAGAGAGGAGGAGAGUCCUGCAAGAAAACAACAUUACACACUCGCCCCGAUUCUUCAAACGUGCUGAAGAUGACUCUUGGGUGAGCAAUGGCACUUACUGGGACCUCAGGAAGGACCCUGGAUUCAGCAAACUAGAAUUCCCUGUGCUCUGGUGACCAUCAGUGGAUUUGUGUCAUUUGACUUUUUCAUUUCUGCUUUCUCCGUUAUUCAUAUGCAAUCCUGCUGAACUCUGUGGGAUUUAAUGUACCAUGAAACACAUUUAUGCCUUACUUGUCAAACUGCCUUGUUGAUAUUUAGAUGCAAAUGCGCUGACAAAUGACUUUUGUAAGUGUCUGAAUAUUAUUAGUGUAUUUAUUUUCAACAUGCAAAGUAAAAAAAUCCUAUUACUUAAGUCAAUUAAAAAAAUCCUCAAAUUCAAUCAAUUCAGAUAAAUUACACAACAUUAAUAACGAUUUAGAAUCUUAAAGAACAUACACUUAAGU